GCUUAUGACCGAAGUGGACUUUGCAUAUCCAUCACCAUGAAUGAUCCAGUUCAUACGCUUUGUAUUAUAAAAUAAUUAUAGCCUAGGCAGCGACGAUAUGUCGAUUUUCUCGACGUUGGCAAUGUCCAGGUUUCUAGCAAUAUCCAGGACAAGCCCCACUGCCUUGAAGUUGGCAAGUGGAUCUCGGCCUGCAGCUCCUUGCAUAGUUUUGACCUCGCGGACAAUAUGCGACUCUGGGGCGGCAGGCCAAAGCCGCCGGAGCUCGAACCUAAACGCUUCCCAAUCUCCCGACGCUGCUGCGGAGUUGCGGGCAAUAGUCGCUGAAUUCGAUGGGUCAAAACCCGUCGAAGAGGCACUCACUCUUCCAUCUGCAUGGUACACUAGGAGAUGUGUGCUGGAGGCUGAGCAGCGCUGCGUGUUCGGUCGAAACUGGCAGAUCGCGUGCCACGCCCAUCACGUCAGCAGGCCAGGACAAUUCUCCACCGUUGACGUAGGCGGCGAGCCGCUGAUUGUUGUUCGCGACGAGACCGGGAAGCUGCACUGUCACUUCAACGUCUGUCGGCAUCAUGCAGCCAUCGUCGAGCAGCGGCCAGAAGGCUGUGCAGACCAUUUCCGUUGCCCCUACCACGGCUUUGAGUACGCGCUGGAUGGACGUCUGCGCAAGGCCACACAGCUCAGGGGCAUCAAGAACUUCUCGGCUAAGUCCUUUGGGCUGGUGAAAGCUGAGGUUCAGGAGUGGGGUCCGUUCAUCUUUGUUCGGCCCGUGCCAAGUUGUGGCGAGGACCAACACCGAGACGAGACAACGUCUUCGCCGAGCACGUUUCUGCAGCCACUGGACAGCGCUACACGCGGAGUCAUCUCUCAGCCGAAAGCACAGCGCUUUGUGCACCGCCGGCUGUACACGGUCGACUGCAACUGGAAAGUGUUUGUGGACAAUUACCUGGACGGUGGCUUUCACGUUCCACACCUGCACCUGGAGCUGAGCAAGGGACUGGCUCUCAAGUCCUACCACACGGAGAUAUUUCCACGCUGCUCCUUGCAGACCGUUGGUGGCAAGACGGCUGCUGCUGCUGUCGAUGCGGGUCAAGACCGGCCGCACGAACGUACCGAUAGUGAAGCGGUGGAUGAACGACUUGGCACCGAGGCGUUCUUCUGCUACGUGUAUCCGAAUCUGAUGAUCAACCGCUACGGUCCAUGGGUGGAUAUCAACAUCGCACGGCCACUGGGCGUGGACCGCUGCCAGAUUCUCUUUGAGUAUUAUCUGGACGAGGAUGUUGCUGCUACCAAGGAAGAGUCCGGUGGCCUCGACGAGUUUGUUACCAACUGUCUGCUGCAGAGUGACCAGGUGCAGCAGGAGGACAUUCAGAUCUCGGAGAGCGUGCAGCGUGGCCUGCAAUCCAGAAGUUACGACACUGGACGGUACGCUCCGCGCGUGGAGCACGCCAUGCAUGAUUUCCACCGCACGCUGGCCGCAGAGGUGGCCGCCUCGCUGGUCUGACUAGCCUAGAGCUGCACUGACGGUUGGGCGGUAGACUCGGUCGGUCGGUCGACAAGCAGGCAGGACAUACUUGGCACACAGCCAAUGUGACCUGGUGGCUCAACAUCGUUGUCACACAUGCCACCACUGUCACCUUGGUAACUCAGACUUAUUUUAUUGAUCAUGGUUGUUUGGAACCAUGUUAUCCCAUUGUCCAGGAGUGAGAUCACGUUCAACCUUUUCAUGUGGUAUGCUGCCAGUACGCCACACAUCCUGAAACAGGCUCACUAGUCUGAGAUUGAGAUGCUCACUGCUGGCCUUCAACAGUUCUGGCAGUAUACCACCAGAAGUCCCAUUCACCUUCUCGUUACGCAAAUAUGUUAGUGUCCCAUUUGUCAACAACACGCCCUAGAUACUUUGAGAGCAUACUGGUAUCAGGUUUGCAACAUUAUACAAGAGUGGACGACACGACACUACAGCGAAGCUUCAACACAUGAAGCACUCUGGUACGAACAUACUUCUCUCUUUACGUAGGGUACUAGUACUAUUUUUAGGGCUCUGCUUAUCCUUUUCCAGUCAUUUGACCUCGGAUUUGCACACUUCUUCACUACAUUGUAUACGGUUUAGAAUAUUUUACAAUAGUGGACACUAUCAGUUUUCUAUCCAGUUUCGAAUUUUUUGCAAUAGACCCUGCCUUCACCAUUAUGAUGCCGCGGCAAUCUGCAGGCCCAGACCCUUUGUGAACCGUGCACUCGCUGCCUCUCCUACCAACCACUAUUGUGUGGGUUUUAGCAAGAGUGUACACCCCCGCGGUUUCUCACCCAGCUAGUGCCUCAGCCGUAUCCUCUCUGCCAUUGAUGCCGCUUCCAAUUCACAAUCACUGGUUAGGUUCUCAUGUGCAGCAGCAACUCAGUUGAUCUAUGAGAUGCUAUUUUCUAUUUUCUUCCCGGCAUACCAUCCCCAAAUCAAUAGUGACAGGUUUCACUGGUACCACUACUAAUUCCCAGGCCACCCUAUUUGUCGCAGAAUUUAUAAGGCUUGAUCACUACCUAAUUCUC